UUGGUCCAGCAAAGAUGACAGUAAUACGAAUGCUGAUCUCGAUGUCGCUGCUGUUGUCGCUGCUGACGCAUUGCAGCCUGUUCGCCCUGCCGCCGCCAACUUUAUCCGCCAGGAACGCUCAAUCGCUGGCCAUACUGCGAGCUCGGGAUCAAUGCUUUCGCAGCGAACGGAUUAGUCCAAAACAGCGUUUGGCUCUGGACAGACAGCAGUACAGUAAUGCUCCGUAUGUGCGUCGCUAUGUAUAUUGCUUUUGGACGCGCCUUCAGCUCUGGCAGGAUGGCACUGGAUUUGAUUCGAUGCGCAUCGUUGAAAGCUUCGGCGGCCCGAGACGUCUGAAUGUGGAACAAACCGUGCCAGCCAUCAAUGGCUGCAACGCGCAUGCUCGUCGGUCGGCUAGGACGCCGCAGGACUGGUGCUAUGGCGCCUUUGUUUGUGUGCUGCGCACCACAGUGGGCGAUUGGUACCGACGCCAUAUACUAGAUGUCAUCAAUGGCAAUGCCUAGGUGGCUGGGGCUGUGAAG